CUCGCGACGAACGCGGCGAAAGGCCCCCCCAACCCCCAACCCCUCCCACCCCCCGCAAAGCAGCAGCAGCGGCGCCGGCGCGACGAGAUGGCCGACGACCACACCGCCGCCGGUGGGGACCGCGUUGAGGACGUCGUCCGCGCCGAGGGCGAUGCGCUACCGUGUGAUGAUGGCUUGUCAAAAUCCAAGGACAGGGACAAAGAUAGAGAAAAGGACAAGGACAGGGAUCGUCGCAGGGACCGUGACAGAGACCGAGGGAGAGACAGGGAUCGAGAUAGGGACAAGGACAGGGAUCGAGACAGAGACAAAGAUCGGGAUCGCCAAAGUAGGCAUCACCGUGAAAAAAGGGAACAGAGAGACCGUCCGGAUGAUCACAGAGGCCGUGAUUCUGAACGGAGAAGAGAUCGUGAUAGAGAUGGGCACCGCAGGCAUCGUUCUCGCUCACGGUCUCGUUCAAGGGGCAGAGAUGGGAGGUCGCGUUCAAGAAGCAAACGAGUUAGUGGAUUCGAUGCACCACCACCACAGGCAAUGGGUUCAACAUUUCCAGUUAUUCCAACGCCAAGCCAGUUACCGGGUUCUUCUCUUCCCGGCAUUGGUGGCAUGUUUCCAAACAUGCUACCUUUUGGUGUCGCUGGGCAGUUCAACCCCCUUGUCAUCCAGCCACAAGCAAUGACUCAACAGGCUACUCGUCAUGCUCGUCGUGUUUAUGUUGGUGGGCUCCCUCCAUCUGCUAACGAACAGACAGUGGCAGUUUACUUUAAUCAAGUCAUGGCUGCUAUUGGAGGAAACACUGCUGGUCCAGGUGAUGCUGUUCUUAAUGUCUACAUAAAUCAUGACAAGAAAUUUGCUUUUGUGGAAAUGAGAUCUGUUGAGGAAGCAAGCAAUGCUAUGGCCCUGGAUGGCAUUUUGUUUGAAGGGGCGCCAGUGAAAGUUAGAAGGCCAACAGAUUAUAACCCUUCUCUGGCAGCUGCCCUGGGCCCAAGCCAGCCAAGCCCCAAUCUGAAUCUUGCUGCAGUUGGCCUAACAGCAGGAUCUGCUGGGGGUUUAGAAGGUCCAGACCGUAUUUUUGUGGGCGGCCUUCCCUAUUACUUCACUGAAGCGCAAGUCCGGGAGUUGCUCGAAUCAUUCGGACCUCUCCGAGGAUUUGAUCUUGUGAAGGAUAGGGAAACUGGUAACUCAAAGGGCUAUGCAUUCUGUGUGUACCAGGACCUCACUGUCACUGACAUUGCUUGUGCUGCUCUAAAUGGUAUCAAGAUGGGAGACAAAACCCUUACUGUCAGACGAGCAAACCAGGGGGCAUCUCAGCCCAAACCAGAGCAGGAAAGUGUCCUAUUGCAGGCACAGCAACAGGUGCAGAUACAGAAACUUGUGUAUCAAGUUGGAGCGUUCCCUACAAAGGUGGUUUGCCUCACCCAGGUUGUAAGCGCUGAUGAAUUGAAAGAUGAUGAAGAGUAUGAGGACAUUAUGGAAGACAUGAGGCUAGAAGCAGGCAAAUAUGGUAAUUUGGUGAAAGUUGUCAUCCCACGUCCUGACCCCAGUGGCCAGCCAGUCGCGGGAGUUGGAAAGGUGUUCUUGGAAUAUGCAGAUAUCGAUGGCGCUGCCAAAGCAAAGACGGCAUUGCAUGGAAGGAAAUUCGGUGGGAACCCGGUUGUUGCGGUCUGCUAUGCUGAGGACAAGUUUGCCAAUGGGGAAUACGACGGAUAAAUAUUACCCCUCUCGUCCUAUUUCAGUAGCCACUAGUCAGUCCUUUCGCUACUUGUUUGUUUAAUCGCAACAAAAAAUGAACGGUUUCUCAUCUCAGCCAAACCUGGCUUGAUGGCCCUGGAUUUAUAGCCACCUAUGGCUACGGAUGAACAUUGUAAGAAUAGAUCGUGAAGAGUAGGUCGAAUCCUCAGCCUCUAGCUUUAUAUGUUUUGGGUCUGUUUGUUCUGUAUCUGGUUUGCCUGUUACUGUUUCUGUCAGAACUUCUCGGUGAUACCUGUAUGGUCAGCUUGCUGGCUUUCCCAGCGGAUAGAUAUGGGAUAUUACUGUAAAAGGUUAAAUAGUGCAUUCUGAUGGUGUUUUGGAUGAUA